AACAAUUGCAUGGUGACAGCCUUAGCAAAUUCCAAAUCCUUGAGGCAAGGCAUCGAAGCCAACUUCAGAUCUACAAGGACAAGGCCAAAGCUUUGGCAACACUACAAGAAUACAUCGUCAAAACCGUUGGCAGGUACUAUGAUAUCAUUGCCAAAGAAGAUGAUAUUGCAAAAGAACUCACAAUCCUAAAGAACCGCGUCAAACCAACUGACUGGGCACGGGAGAGUGAAGUCACGGAUCGGUAUUACGCUACGCUCAAGGAAGUCAGCAGAACAAAGGUCGAAACAUGGAUCUCGAAAUGGCAAGUCACAUUGAACGAAGCCAAGAAUCUUGAUCUACCUGAUGUAAGAGGCCUGCGACCGACUCGACAUUUCCUUAAGGCAGUAAAUGCAAUUGACCCAACAUUCUCAAAAGUCUGGAUCAAUCAGAUGGAAGCAAAUGCCCUAUCCCACGAGGAUGACGAGUGGCAAAAGACGUUCCCUGAUGGAAUCAAGAUCAGUGAAAUNUGCCUCUGCGGUCGCAGGCAUUUCUAUGCGGAGUGCUACUACCUUUCUGACUCGGUACGACCAGCUGGAUGGUCUCCGGACAAUAAAGUCCAGGAAGAAAUCGAUCAGAAGCUCCAAGACCCUACAAUCAAGGGCAAAGUCGAACGGUCCAUCAGGAACCGGAAAAAGAAGGAGGAACAGUACCAGCAGCAGAAUGAAUCGGAAGUCAAAGGCACCGCCUUCGCUGGAGCCGUAGCCAAGGCCCAGCCCGAGGAUACGCAGCCAACGCAGGAGCUAUCCAACGGACAGACUCAAUCCACGUUCUCAACCGCAGCUGUCUACCCACUUCGCGAUUCCUUCAUCCUAGACUCUGGAUCCGACUCUCAUAUAUGCAACAAUUCCAAACGCUUCGUUGAAGGAUCAUACAAAGUUUGCGACACUACUGAAGCCGC